UCGCUCACAAGUCAUUGCCACAAUGCGUGACCUGCGUAAAAAGGACAAGCUGGAGGCAGCAGCAGGGGACACACUCAACCAGACCCUCACCAUUCAGCGCCUGGAUGUCUGUAGUGAUGAAUCUGUAACUGAAUGCAUUAACAGCCUUCCUGAGAAACAGCUGGAUGUGUUAGUGAACAAUGCUGGUGUGGGGCUCAUUGGGCCCCUGGAAACCAUCAGCAUCGAUUCCAUGAAGCACAUCUUUGAGACCAACUUCUUUGGUGCCAUCCGCAUGAUCAAGGCUGUGCUCCCUGCAAUGAAGCAGCGUCAGAAAGGGCACAUUGUGGUCAUCAGCAGUGUCAUGGGAUUGCAAGGUAUCCCUUUCAAUGAUGUCUAUGCUGCCUCCAAGUUUGCCAUCGAGGGUUUCUGUGAAAGCCUUGCUGUGCAGCUCCUCAGAUUCAAUAUCUUCAUCUCUCUGGUAGAGCCUGGCCCUAUAAACACCGAAUUUGAGAUGAAGCUGAUGGAGGAAGUGGCCAAGUCUCAGUUUCCAGGAGUUGACGCCACCACUGUGCACUGCUUCAAGGACAUCUAUCUACCAGCCUCACAUGAAAUAUUCACCACCAUGGGCCAGUCCCCUGAGUCUGUGGCUAAGGCUGUGGUCAAUGUCAUUGCAAAAGAACGGCCACCAUUCCGGUACCAGACAAACCCUCUGUACACACCAUUGGUGGCCCUAAAGUACGCCGAUACCUCCGGUGAACUCUCCGUCAGUGCCUAUUACAACCUACUUUUUCGCUUCACCAGACUUUUCUACAUCAGCACAAGCUUCCUCAAAUGCAUUACAUGUCGGUGUUUUCGGCGCCAGAUCACACCUACCUGAGACCAGGUGGAGAAUGGCCUUGGUGGUGGUGUACGCUCACUCCUCAAAUGUCUUGCUAAACUACAACAACUGACCAGAUUCAUCUAUGUGUAUAAGAGAUUUUACUAGGGACAAACCCAUUCUUGUCUUAAGGAUAGUAAGUCCUGGUGAUUGUGUAGUGUGAGGUGGCAGAUCAAGCAAGUUCUUCAGAACCAGCAGGUUUAUUCCACAGCAAAAUCAGAAGUCCAAAUAUCCUACUCAUGGGGACAAACACUGGCAAGAACAGAAGCUCACAAUUCAACAAGGUAUAUUCUUGCAAUGGUAAAUCAUGUCACCUCCAUUUUAAAUGCAACUUAUUAACACAGAUAGGAAAGUAAAAGCUAUGUAAUGCCUUGGACUGGAAAUCCUGGAUGGACCAGCA